CGAUGGAUGAAAGGUGUGUCGACGGCUAUUUUAACUACACGGCAGACGAGAAGGCCGCUUUGGUGGAAUUAUACACCAAGUUUGACGAUGUGGUGAUUACUGUGCUGAUGCCGAUCAUACUCUUGAUCGGUUUACUUGGCAAUGCCUCAUUCAUCCUGAUGCUGUAUCGGGUACCGAAAAUGAGGACGGUCACCAACUUCUACCUGGCUAACCUUGCCGUCUCCGACUCGAUGUUCCUGGCGUUCGGCAUCAUCUCCAAGAUCCACGAGUACUGGGAGUCGUCGGUGAGUUUCCACCCGGCGUACCACGGGCUGUUUAGCUGCUUCGCCAGCAACUCCGUGGUGAGUCUGUCAUACUUCGCCACGCUGUUCAUAUUGACGCUGGUGUCGCUGGAGAAAUACUACGGGAUCUGUCGGCCGAUACGGCACCGCCUGGUCAGCGGGUGGAACCGGACGGUCAAACUAACGGUCUGUGCUUGGUUGCUUUCUCUGUUGGUUGCUGCUACCGGGGUACCCAGCUACUGCACCCUCAACUACUAUUGCUUCAUGUGGCCUCCUGGUGACUUAUACGUGCAUCUAUACGAUGUCUACGCGUACUGUGGCCCCGUAGCAUACUGGGCAGACGCUUAUGCCAACACAAUCCAGACGAUACCGUUUUUUACCGCGUUUGUCCUCAGUGCGACCAUGUAUUCCUUGAUCGUCCGGCGGCUAAGCCAGCGCGUCGACCACCCCCACGGACAGCAGAGCGACAACAACCACCAGUUCUCGGACCGCGCCGUCAAGAUUCGCAACCAGGUAGCGCGGAUGCUGGUCGUCAACGGCACCCUGUUCUUCCUCCUCUUAUCCCCGUUCGAGAUUUUCUCCCUGCUGCUCUCCUACAACCAUCUAUUACGAGAGGACCGCAAGUUCAUCAACUACAGCCAGAAACAAACGGGUCUCCAAAUAUGCCGGGUCCUCUCGUACGUGAACUCGGCCAUCAAUCCGUACGUGUACGGCAUGGUCAAUUCACGCUACAGACACGCCUUUAAAGUGACCUUCUUCCUGACCCGUAAUAACCGCGUGGAUGCGGAGCCAUCUCGGAGUAGACAAAACCAUCUCUCAACUUUGCAUGACGUGCAUUUACACCAGGCGACGGAAAACCCAAACUGAACUUAUGAUAGUUGGAGACCGUAAAACAACCAAUGGAAUGCAACAGAUUCGCCCAAGA